CACUCAAGCUCCUCUCUCCCACCCCCGAUUCAUCUCCAAUCCCACCGCCGACACCCAACCCCACCCCCACCGGCGACCGUCUCCACCAACCCCAUCACCACCGCGACCUCCCUCCCUCCCUCCCUCAAGUCUGUCCGACCCAUGGGCGGAUGAGGCCCGAAAUCCUAGCCCUUCACCCACCCACCAAUGGAUGGAUGGGGACGGGGAGACGACAGUGCGGUGGCGGAGACGUCCAUGGCGAACGCGAGCCGACAGCCGGCCAUCUCCGGCAAGCCCGACCACAGCGAUCGCGGAUCUCUGACCAUGGUUGCUCCAGUGCUGUUGUUGCUCCCUCCUCUUCUCUGCGUCCUCCUCCUAGUUGCUGCUCCCUCCUCUGCUCUGCCUCCUCCUCCUAGCUGCUGCUCCCUCCUCUGCUCUGCCUACGUCCUCCAGGGUGUCGUGCUGGCGACCGGGGUUGGAGCGCUCAGAUCGAAGGUGGCCGAGCGCUGGUACUUGCUCUACAAGAUGGACAAGCAGGGGGCCAACCUCAUGUUCAUCUACUGGUGGGAGGACAAGGUCUCAGCUAUGUUGCUUUCUUCUGGCUCUGAAUGGUCGGAUGGUCAAUAUAACUUUUGUGGGGGACCGGACGGUGGUGGAGAUGUACAAGUUCCUCAAGAAGCACGCUGCCAUCCCUUUCAACUCUGUUGCAGCUGCGGCCGGCUGUGCUUCUGCCUCGGCUACAAACUGCCUAGCUAAACAUGACCCAUGUACAAUGGAUACAACAUGCUCAUCCUCAAUCCCUAGCUAGUGCACGAUUGCCGAAGUGCAGUUCAUGGAGCAUUUGGACCUCUUAUUGUAAUAGCUGGUAUGCUUGAUGCGUGUAUGUCCAUCUCUUUACUGUUUUGCUAGAACCAUAAAUCCUGAUGCAUGAUGAUCAUGGUCUGGUUUGUUAGAUCUAUUCUGCUGGUGCUCAAAAUUUGACAUGUCUGGAUUCUGAAACUCGUUCUUACAUUUCUUUUCAUUCUAUGAUCAAUUUAGAGAGUUGCACAUGUCAGUAUAUUAUAUACCAAAAAAAUCUCCAUGAACGCAUACUGGUUAGUGUUAGUCAUACUAUUUAUGUACAUGGCAUUUGCUGUCAAUUCUUGAUUAUAAGUUAUUGGAUCCCUCAUUGGCUAUUGUUUGAUGUUCUGUACCUACUCUUAUUCUUAUAUGUUCAUUCUUAUUUUUU